CGGUGUUUCGUGGCCGAACCGUAUCUCCUUCGAUCGCCAAAAAUGCAUGUUACCGGCCCUGCAAUACCCAGCGCAUACGUCAAUUUUACUCCUGUCGAGCUGAAUAAAGCCUCUGGAAAUUGAGGUUGCUGCCACUUGUUCAUCUUCCUCGCCCCUCCUCAAACACGACAAGAAGCUGGGUCACUGGUGGUCGUUGCGAGAGUGUAUAAUCCUAUCAUUAACGAUCUCAACUUAAUGGACAAGACCAUGGAAUUCCACAGGGUCUGCCAGGCGACAAGCGUCUGUCCAGCAUGUCCUGGUGGCAAGAAUAGAUGAAAUUCAACCUUGGUUCGUUUCACGACCUGACAAUGAGCAACCAUUCCGGAAGCGGAAAUAUGAUAGAUCCGGCCACCCACUCCUCUACCUCGCUGAAACCACACCUUUGCCGGUUCCAAUCAAGUCAUGCAAGCAUGGCUUUGUCACUUUUCUGUUGCCAUAUAAGAGGUGCGGACAUCGUCCGUAUCUUCAUGGAUCCAGCGAUGAGCGCAAGUGCAAUUGCGAUGCAGCAUCGAGCCCCUCAAGCCUGUAAAUCAUGCAGGAAGCUCAAGAGGAAAUGCGUCUUUAACCCAACAUUGGGCAUCUGCAACCGGUGCUCCGAGACCAAUAAACCAUGCGUGUACGCUGAGGUCAAUUCCACCGCUCCGCAUGAUGAUUCCGUCGCUGUCGUCCAUCACAAUACAUUCACCAUGUCCACGAAUGCUGGUACGCGAGUGAGACUUAUGUUUCUUGCGCGGCACUUACAUCCCUCCACAGAGGCUUCUGGUCACCUGAAUGCCUCGCUCCAACAGGGCAAUCCCUUGUACUUGGAUCCUGCCAACUGGUUGGAUGGAUAUGGUCAGCCAAAUGUCCACACGGUUGAUAUGGGUCCAGGGAGUGGGGACAUGACUGCUUACCCAUCAACCCACCCUGGCGGACAGAAUUAACAGCAGCCGGGCGGUUGGCACGCUGAUGAUACCUUCCUUGGUUAGUGCUAUAACCGUGUAGAUAUGAUGCGGACUUUCGUGACUGUUGUAAGAGUGUUAUUCGAUCAGAUGGAGAGUUUCGAGUUAUGUACCCAUUUACCUCAUUGUUGUAUGAUUCCCUAGCUAAGAUUUGAACAAUGUUUCCCCUUUUUAA